UUCCUUCUGUGCGGACGGUUAUGCGCUCUUUAGGGUCGCAGCAGCAGCAACUCAAUCGAAAUCCCUCUAUGUAACAUUCAGCUCUCGUAACUGUAAAGCGUGUUUUUGUGUGCCGCUAACGCGAAUUGUUUACGUCUUUACGCUUACGUUGACGUGUAGUACGUUAAGCGAAACAACGUUAUAAAACGAUUUGACACGAAAUGUUGCUCGUCGCAUUGUUCACGCCGUUCUCGUUGUCGUUGUCGUUGCCGUUGUCGUUGUCGUUGUCGAUGUCAGUGUUGCCAUCAAUUGUCAGCUUCUGGCAGCCCUCGCAAAAGUUUUGAACGCAUCAAGAGAAAGUUUUGCCCGUGCAAUUGUCGUGUGCAACCGGAACCCGUUACUCAACAUCAACUUGCAACGUGUGUGUUUGCCUCUGUGUCUCAGUGUGUGUGUGUGUGUGCUUAAUUUGAUAGAUUUAUCGAAAGUUGGCUCCGAACAUGCGACCGCGACCACGACAACGACCACGCCCCCAGUGGCCUCAUGCCAAUGGGCGUUUAGCCGCCAUCGCUCUCAUUAUCAACGCCGUAUCUGUUGUUGUGCUGCUAAUGAUGACUGCAUCGCCCACUCUGGCCGAGAUACCUUCAAAGGGCAAACACUCUCGCGUGGAUACACAGCAAACGGCACAGGAAGAAGCCGACAUGCCACGUUUCGCUGAACCCAUUGCCAAUGUCACCGUGUCCAUUGGACGAGACGCUCUACUUGCUUGCGUCGUGGAGAACCUCAAGGGCUACAAGGUGGCCUGGGUGCGUGUGGAUACUCAGACGAUACUUUCCAUACAUCACAAUGUUAUUUCGCAAAAUAACCGCAUAAGUUUGACCUACAAUGAUCAUCGAUCGUGGUAUUUACACAUUAAAGAGGUUGAAGAAACUGAUCGCGGCUGGUACAUGUGCCAGGUUAAUACGGAUCCCAUGCGUUCGAGAAAGGGCUACCUUCAGGUGGUGGUGCCGCCGAUGAUUGUCGAGGGCAUGACCAGCAACGAUAUGGUAGUGAGAGAGGGUCAGAAUGUCUCAUUGAUGUGCAAGGCGCGUGGCUAUCCCGAGCCCUACGUCAUGUGGCGCCGAGAGGAUGGCGAGGAAAUGCUAAUUGGCGGAGAGCACGUGAAUGUUGUCGAUGGAGAGCUGCUACACAUUACCAAAGUGAGUCGACUCCAUAUGGCGGCUUAUCUCUGCGUGGCAUCCAACGGGGUCCCGCCGUCGAUUAGCAAACGGGUUCACUUGCGUGUCCAAUUUCCGCCAAUGCUUUCGAUACCAAAUCAAUUGGAAGGCGCAUAUGUCGGUCAGGAUGUGAUGCUCGAAUGUCAUACGGAGGCGUAUCCAGCAUCAAUUAACUAUUGGACCACCGAACGCGGCGAUAUGAUAAUUUCAGACACUUCACGGGCUGGCGAUAAAUACGAGACCACAUCAACCAUCAGCGGUUAUACAAAAUAUAUGAAGUUAAAAAUUCGCGCCGUUGGACCAAAUGAUUUUGGCACCUAUCGCUGUGUGGCAAAAAAUUCGCUGGGCGAAACCGAUGGCAACAUUAAGCUUGACGAAAUGCCAACACCAACGACUGCAAUUAUCUCGGAAAUGGCCAUGUUGAAUCGAAGUUAUGAUGGCAAGAGACGUCAUAGAAAUAAAUUUGAGUCAGCCAACGCUUUGCCUGAUUACGGGGUUGAGGAGUGGCGUGACGGUGCUCAAGGCAACCAUCAUGCUGGCAACACUGGCGAUAACAAUCAAACGCCCGUGCGUAAUCCGCCCGGAGCAUUUCACAAUUCUGCAGGCUCACUGGCACAGCAUAAUCUACUUGGUAAAAUAAUGCGCGGCAUUAAAACGCAAUCAUUUGGGAUUUUCAAACGUUUAUCGAGUUAUUUGCCAGCGGCGCUGCUAGCGUCGCUGCCGCUGUCGCCGCAGUCGCCAUCGCUGCCAAGUCGGUGGCGUAUGAGUAAUAUGAAAAACCAGGCCCAGCCACAGUAUUCACCGGAGACUGUUGUCAACGCGCAGCCAACAAACAUAACCAACAAGAACAACAACAGCACCUGCCAAAGGACCAGCAACACAAGCACAACGAGCAGCCGUAAUAAAUGGGCGUGGCAUCGAGAGCAACGCCAAUUUCACAUUGCUCAUACGCCGCGUGUGGCGUCAACGCAAAAGCAAUGCCAUUGGCCGAUGCUCAUUUGCAUAGUAAUAUUAGCUAGCAAUUUUGUAGCCACCGAUGUUAUGCCAAAGUUGCUGUCGUCGUUGCUGCUGUUGUCGUUGUUGCUACUAUUGCUGCAUUUUAUCGGCAGCCACAUCGCAUUUUCUAUUAGUGCGACGCAUAGGCAACAUUUAAUGUUAACAUUUUGGGCCGUCGGUAAUAAGCUUGCCGUAUUCUUGCCGCAAAUUUAUACAGCGACAGCAACAACAACAACGCUAACAGCAGCCACAACAGCAGCAGCAGCCAACGCAAAUACAUUCACUGUGCUCUGCUUCCAAACGUAUUCAAGAUGAAAUCAAAUAAUUGCAAAAAACUCAUUUAGGGCACAACAACAGCAGCAACAGCAGAGCAAGAGCAGCGACACGACGAGCAUUGGAAAAGAAAAUCAAACUUAGACGAGUAAGAAACACAUUCGAAAUAGCAACAGAAAUAUUAAUAGAAACAAACUCAAUAUACUUGUAGUGUGGUAAGAUUUCCCCCAUAUCGUACAUGAUUAAUGUAGAUAUAUUUAUGCAAGAGCGUAAAAUGAAAAUCCUCCAACAAUCUAUGUUAUUCUAAUCUGUUUUCCAUUCAUUCCAUCUCUCACCAUUAAUUAAGUAAAUAGUCAGCGCAAUUGGCAUAACAACUUUUCCCUCUUUUUUUUUAAUUGCCAAUCAGACAACUCAAUGGGUGAAAAAUGGUUUUCAUGUAAUUUUCUAAGUGCAUUCACAUCAUGUUAGGUUAAUUAAGAAGUUGAGAGUAAUGUUCAAUUUAAUCGAUUUUCAAUGCAUUUAAAUUAAGUUCAAAGCAAACGAAAGUCUCUUUUGAACCACAAUUUGUUAUUAUUCAGAACGUUAAGAAAUAAAUGAAAUACAAUUUUUUUAAAAUUCGAAAAAUAUUUACAUAUUUUAAACAUUAAAGCUUCAUGAUAUUUGCAAUUACUUUCGUUGUUUUUUCACCAAUCUUAUUCAUAAACUGACCGACGUAAAUUUGCUGCUGAAAUAUUUAAUAAAUUGUUGUUUGCCCAGCAAACAUUUAAUUUUCCAAAUCAAUAUCAAAUAUGCGAGCAAAAUGUUUAUAGUAAUGAAAUAUGCAUGAGGACAACAAACAAAUAAAAAACAAAAACUGUAAUUUAUGAAUGGGAUACUUUACUUAUGCAAGUCGAGCAAAAACACAUUGGAACAUAAAAAAUUAUUGUAAAAAAAGUUAAAGGAAAAAUAUAUACAAACAAAAGAAAAGAAAUUAAGAAAAACUGUUAAUCAAGUUUACAUUUAGAUGAACAUAUAACGUAUAAAAAACACACAAACACACAUAUAAUUAGCGAAUUUACAUAGUAAAUUUAGCGUUAAAAUAAAUAAUGCGUAUAUACAAAAGCGAAAUAGCAUUAUUACUUAGUCAAAUAUUAGCUAGCGAUACGAUAUAUGUUGAUCAAUAUUAUAUACGUUAAAUACAA